AUGGCCUUGCCGAACCUCGGCUCUUUCUCUACGCCAACGUCCACCGCCGGUAAUGUUUCGUCGUCAGACGACCCCAUGAAGAAGGUUAGGAAACCUUACACCAUUACCAAGUCCAGAGAGAGCUGGACCGAUCCCGAGCACGACAAGUUCCUUGAAGCCCUACAACUCUUUGACCGUGAUUGGAAAAAGAUCGAAGCAUUUGUUGGGUCAAAGACCGUCAUCCAGGUGUUAUUGUUAAUAAGAAACCUCUCCAUCAAUUUGACCAGCCCAGAUUUUGAGGAUCAUAGGAGGUUGCUUUCAUCCUUUGACAUCGACUUGGAGAAGGAAGCUUGCGAUGGUGAAAAUAAAGCCAUCCAGGACAAUCAAUCUGAGAAUGCUGCUCAAUUGGGGACAUAGAAAAAUAGUCUCUGAGCUUCAUUGGCUACCAAAUGGUAACAGAAUCCUUCGGUUUGCUGGUUUGUAAGUACUAUUUUCUUUUUUUGUGAGAUCUUUGAUUGUGCAGUUCGUCCAUCAUGUAGAUAUUGGCUCUAGAAAACAGUGUAUGUCGGAGAAAUUGUAGUGCGGGAAUGUAAAAUGUAAAGCUUGGUUUCUGUAUAUUCAAGUUUUGACUCUGUUCUUUUGGUCCAGCUUAUCUGAUUCAGGUUGUAAUUAUAUGUAUGCG